AUGGGUCAGUCAAUCAACAGACCAUCCCGACCCCCCAGUAUACUUUCCCAAGUCGGCCUGGCGCCAGAACUUUGGCUGGCAAUCUUCGAGCAUCUUCCUUUCCGAGCGCUUCACGAUGUUUCACUCACUUGCCAAUCCUUUCGUUAUCUCGCACAGCCUCUCUUAUUUCACUCGCUGACAUUCUGUCCCUACUCUCUGGACACAAACAACCAGCGCUUUAUUCCCCGACUCGAAACUGUAGAGCGUGCAAAACAACGCAUAGAGUUUUGUUCCUCAGCACGCGUCGCUCACGCUGUUCGGGAAUGCAAAUUUUACCCUCGAUAUAUUGUUGGUGCCGUGCUCAACGCAGACAUUGCAUAUAAUGUACUUCUGGAUAUACUACUCGACACCCUUCCGCUUUUCAUAAAUCUCCAAUCACUAUCGUUCAUGUUCGUGGACCUCAGCCAGUCACAAGUAUUGAAACUGUGCACGCUACGAAGCAUUGGGAAUCUUUUCUUGGGAAACUGUACCGUGGAACAUGUCCAGUCGUUUCCAUCUCCCAAACUGCAGGUCUCUGACUUGACCAUCAUCUGCGAUGACAAUCCUAGAGUGUUUGAUGACGGUCAGAACGGUCAUGGACUAUCUGUUUUCUCACCCGACCACCUUCGUUCCGUCUCCAUAAUCAAUGCAGUCGUAGCCUCACUAUUCAUAGACAGUUUCCUGGGAAACGCAUCACAAAGUCUACUGCGGCUCCGAUGUCUCACAUUACCUUGCGAGUUAGAGGUCGUGCGCGCUUUCCGUCCCUUGCUACAUCUUAUACCAGAGCUAGCCGAGCUCAAGUUUGCUCGCCCCUCCAAGAUCCAGCACGACCUUCCCAAAGAUGAAACAUUCUCCCUACCUACAUACUCUCAUCCACUGAAACCCCUCUCGAAAUACCAAGGUCCUCGUCAACUUUUACCUCACUUUGUUCGCCCCGGUGCGCUGGAACAUCUCACCUUGUGGAGCACACGCCCCAUAUCCACUGAUGGUUCUAUGAAUCCCAUAGAACUGCAUGGGGCACUCGUGGGAGGCGAUCAAUUCGUGAGCAUGUGCGAUCAGGAGGUCCUGAAGACUGUACAGACGCUGGAGUUGAGCGUGACGCACGUCAAUGCUCUCGUGCUUAAUGCUGUCUGUAUUCGCUUCCCAAUACUGCAAUCGUUAUACGUGCAUGUGGGAAGGGGCUUCUUUGGUGACGCUUCCACGCAAGCGUGGAACCCUGAGAUGAUAAUGGACGCCCUUUUGACCCUCCGACUUCCUUCGACCAUUCAGCGCUUGCAACUCUCCUCGCAUGCGGCUGUACCUCGCGGCGGACUAUCGACAGGAGACCGCCUUACACGGUACAAACGUGAUCUCAGGAUAAAAUAUCCUAAUCUAUCUUUCAUUUCUCUGGACGAAACGGACAUCAACCUGACGUGGGAUGACAAUAGAUAUAGAUUGCCCGAUUGCUGA